GGAUGGCGCCCGUGGGGACCGAGGCCGCCCCGUCCUGCCGGUGAGGUGCCCACUGCCCCCAGCCCAGCCCGGCCGUGCUGCCCACGAUGAACAAGCUGCCCUUCCACAACAACCGAGUCAUGCAGGACCGCCGCAGCGUGUGCAUCUUCCUCCCCAACGACGACUCCCUCAACAUCAUCAUCAACGUGAAGAUCCUAUGCCACGAGCUCCUCGUGCAGGUGUGUGACCUCCUGAGGCUGAAGGACUGCCACCUCUUUGGGCUCAGCGUCAUCCAGAACAAUGAGCACGUCUACAUGGACCUGGCCCAGAAACUCUACAAGUACUGCCCCAAGGAGUGGAAGAAGGAGGCCAGCAAGGUCAGCGGUGAGGUGUUGCAUGGAGAGAUGACGGCACUAAGGCCACCUCUGUCCCCGGCGCAGGGGAUCGACCAGUUUGGCCCCCCCAUGAUCAUCCACUUCCGAGUGCAGUACUACGUGGAGAACGGCCGGCUGAUCAGUGACCGCACAGCACGGUACUACUACUACUGGCACCUGCGCAAGCAAGUGCUGCACUCGCAGUGUGUGCUGCGAGAGGAAGCCUAUUUCCUGCUCACUGCCUUCGCCCUGCAAGCUGAUCUGGGAGAUUUCAAGCGCAACAAGCACUAUGGGAAGUACUUUGAGCCUGAAGCCUAUUUUCCUGCCUGGGUGGUGGCGAAGCGGGGCCGGGACUACAUCCUGAAGCACAUCCCCAACAUGCACAAGGAUCAGUUUGCCCUGACGGCCUCCGAAGCCCACCUUAAGUACAUCAAGGAGGCCGUGCGGCUGGACGACGUGGCCGUGCACUACUACAGGCUGUACAAGGACAAGAGGGAGGUGGAUGCAUCGCUGACACUGGGGCUGACGACGCGGGGCAUUCAGAUCUUCCAGAACCUGGACGAGGAGAAGCAGCUGCUCUAUGACUUCCCCUGGACCAACGUGGGCAAACUGGUGUUUGUGGGCAAGAAGUUUGAGAUCCUUCCAGACGGGCUGCCCUCGGCCAGGAAGCUCAUCUACUACACGGGCUGCCCGCUGCGCUCCCGCCACCUCCUGCAGCUGCUGAGCAGCAGCCACCGGCUGUACAUGAACCUGCAGCCCGUGCUGCGGCAGGUCCGCAGGCUGGAGGAGAACGAGGAGAAGAAGCAGUACCGCGAGUCGUACAUCAGCGACACUCUGGACCUGGAUAUGGAUCAGCUGGAGAAGCGUUCGCGUGCCAGCGGGAGCAGCGCCGGCAGCAUCCGGCACAAGCGCCUGUCCCGGCACUCCACUGCCAGCCACAGCAGCUCCCACACCUCGGGCAUCGAGGCUGACCCCAAACCCCGGGACGUGGGACCCGAGGACGCCGGCGUUCACCGCAAGCUGAAGACCUGCAGCUCCAUGACCAGCCACGGCAGCUCCCACACCUCCGGGGUGGAGAGCGGGGGCAAGGAGCGGCUGGAGGAGGAUCUGCAGGAUGACGAGAUCGAGAUGCUGGUGGAUGACCCGCGGGAGCUGGAGAGAGCCGGUGAGCUGGCGCUGGAGGUGAGCCCCGACAUGUGUGUGUACAUCACCGAGGACAUGCUGCUGUCACGCAAGUUCAACGGGCACUCAGGGCUGAUCGUAAAGGAGCUCAGCUCCUCCACCUCCAGCUCCUCAGAGACGGUGGUGAAGCUCCGUGGGCAGAGCACCGACUCCUUACCCCAGACGGCGUGCAGGAAACCCAAAACGUCGACGGAUCGGCACAGCCUGAGCCUGGACGACAUCCGGCUCUACCAGAAGGACUUCCUGCAGCUGGCAGACCUGUGCCAGGACACGGCGCAGAGCUUCACCUUUGGCUGCGGCCACGGCCUCGGCGACGACGGCCUUUAUUGCAACGGCUGCCUGGCCCGGCAGUGCCUCAACAUCCAGGAGGGCUUCCCCGCCAAACGGACCAGCAAAUACUUCUCACUGGACCUCACCCACGAUGAAGUCCCUGAGUUUGUCGUCUGAGGGCGGUGGGGACGGCACCGGCUGCUGCCCAGGGGGGUCCGGGCCCCACCGAGCCCCACUGUGGCCAACCCCGACCCUCCCUGCCAUGGGGACGGCCGAGCUCAGGGGGAUGGGGAUGGGUCCCUCAGCGUCCUUCUGCCUCUGGAAGUCGAUGUGUGUGCAUGAAUCGUCUUGUUUCACCUCGGGGAAGCACGAGGAGCUCAUCCGGCCGAAGCCAACCCGUGGUUUCCCAGUGGCAAAGAUGGGGAUCCUCCCCAUACCCGACCCCUGUCCUUAGCGUUGCCACUGUCUGCUGGGAAGAAAAUGCCAGACUGCUGCGUCCAAGUCAAGCCAAAGAGAUGUAAAUACCCCAAAGGCCAGUAUGGGAAGCGAGAAUCAAGCAAUAAGCACCAGGGAUGUCUGUGCAUGGGGGAGCAACGCUGGAGCCCGGCUCUGAGCAGUGCUGCUCGGGGGCUUCGUGGAGCUUUGUUGUACAAAAACAAAUCCAGAAACCAAAAACGCCCCCCAAAAAGGCAAAGGAGAGUGGAGAACGUCAUCUGUAAUAGUGUCACAAUAAUGCUUCCCGAUGCAUAGAAGCCACAUAUAUAAAUAUAUCAAAGUCCGUAUGUUUAUAUAUGUCUGGAUCUUACAGACCCACCUUCGUUGUAUUCCUGCUCCAAAAUACCUUUGUAGAAAGGAUAUACGCCUCUCUCCAGCCAAGCAUACAGACAAUCAUUUGUAUUCCAAAGCACCAAGGGGAGAAAAUGGACCUUCCCACUGAGGAGAGCACGUAUGCAACCGCAUUGGGAGCGCAGCUCUGCCCGCAGAGCUUUCUGUGCAUCCUUCAGCCUUUAUGGAUCCAGGAGUUCUGCUCAGCGGUGAUGUGUGCCCAGGAGGCAGCCGAGGUGUAACACUCAGUACAGGAGGGUGCGAUGCAAUGAUCACAGCACAAUGCCUUCUUAAUUGAGAUUUUUAAUCAGAGUUUAGCGAUCGACGGCCAAAGUUUUACCGUAUUUUGAUAUACCACCUUUUUCUUUUUUUCUUUUUUUUUUUUUAAACU